CAAUCUUUUGGGAUGUAGCAAUAAAAGUGGUUGGCUGAAAAUCCAUUUUCAUACAAUUCUUGAUACUGAGAAAUGGAUGGAGCAAUGCAAGUGGCUCUUCCGGUGGUGGGAAUUGUGGCCGCUGCAGCUGUUACCUUCUACACCGUUAGCUUUGCUGAGAUUAGAGAGAUAUCCUUCAGAGACUUGGAAGAGUCGGAGAUUGAAAAUCAAGGAUUGACGUCCCUAAGUUCCAGGAAGAGGCGUGCCAGAAGAAAAGAACAGAAAGAAACCAAAACUUGAUCACUGAACAUGAAAAUCUGGCUUGGAAGAAGACAUGAUAUUAAGUUCAUUUGGUUUAUCUUGAGUGGCUCAUGCUGUAUUCAUGUCAAGUAAUGAGUAUUUCCAUAUCAUAGUUUUUGUAUAAAAUUAUUUACGCCAU